GUGCCACUGCCAGGCUGGAAGAGAAGCUCACCCAUGUCGAGAAGUAUGAGACGGUGAAACCGCACAAGGUGCUGACACCUCGGGGGAAGAGGGACCUCUCUGUGCCACGGAGCAUUUACCCAGACCGCAUCCUCUACAGCGUCCGUGCCGAAGGCCAGGACUACCUCCUGUGGCUGGAGAAGAACAAGGAGCUGCUGGGGCAGCACUACACCCAGACACACUAUUCAGCCAACGGCACGGAGAUCACAGAGAAGCCAGAUGUUCAGGAUCACUGCUUUUAUCAGGGCCAUGUGCGAGGAUACACCGACUCAGCAGUGAGCAUCAGCACCUGCAGCGGGCUCAGUGGGUUUUUCCGGGUGAAUGAGACCACCUUCCUGCUGGAGCCACUGGAGGAGGACAUAGCUGGCCGGCAUGCAGUGUACAGAGCAGCUCACCUGCGGGGGAAGCGCGGCACGUGCCCAGAGGCUGGUGCCACCCUGGAAUAUGACCGUGAACCAAAAAUUCCUGCAGCCAUGAAGCUUUACCACUGGAAAUUGUCUCCGUUACACAAAGGUCCCCGAUUUGUAGAGCUGGUCCUGGUUGUGGACAACGAGGAGUUCAGGAAACACAAGGACUUGCGCACAGUGCAGAACCGCAUGAAGGAAAUCGUGAACCAUGUUGACAAGCUUUAUCAGCCUCUUCGCCUGCGGGUGGCUUUGAUCGGCUUGGAGGUGUGGAGCCACAAGGACAAAAUCGUGGUCAGUCCCAACCCAGAGGUGACACUGGACAACUUCCUGCACUGGCGGGAGGCAGAGCUUCUGCGGAGGAAGCCGCAUGACAAUGCCCAGCUGAUCACGGGCAUAGACUUCCACGGUACAACCGUAGGGCUCGCCAAGAAGCUUGUGAUGUGCACGAGGGACUCGGGCGGUGUCAACCAGGACCACAGCACGAAUCCUAUUGGUGCUGCAUCCACCAUGGCUCACGAGAUGGGGCACAACCUGGGGAUGUCUCAUGAUGAAGAUGUCACUGGCUGCCGUUGUCCUGUCCCCAGAGCUGAUGGAGGAUGCGUCAUGGCGGCGAGUGUUGGUUUGGUUUACCCCAAGCUCUUCAGCCGCUGCAGCGAGCAGGACAUGUGGCAGUUCCUCGGGGACCCCAGGACCAGCUGCCUGCUGUUUGUGGAGCGGGGAGAGCAGUGUGACUGUGGCACGCCAGAGGAGUGCUCCGACCACUGCUGCAAUGCCACCACUUGUCAGCUGAGAGAAGGAGCUGAGUGCGCUCGGGGGGACUGCUGUCAGGACUGCAAGGUGAAGGCUGUGGGUGUGCUCUGCCGAGCCAGCAAGAACGACUGCGACCUGCCCGAGCACUGCACUGGCCUGAGUGCCGAGUGCCCGGAGGACGUCUUCCAGGAGAACGGCAUUUCCUGCCAGAAUGGCAAUGGCUACUGCUACAACGGGGCAUGCCCCUCGCACAGUGAGCAGUGCCGUGCGCUCUGGGGAGCAGAAGCCCAGGUGGCUCCCGAUGUCUGCUUUAAGCACAACAGUGAGCAGCACCUUCACCUCCACUGCCUCACCGAGUACGGGAAGCAGCCCUGCAGCCCCAAGGACGUGAAGUGCGGCACACUGCUGUGCCUGAGCGACAAUGCCAGCCCCGUCCUCGGCGGUGGCUCCUACUCCCUCUUCUUCGGCCGUUUCAAGUGCAAGGCAGUCAUCGCCAGCAAUGACGCCAACGAGGUGGUGGCCAACCUCAGGCUGGUGCCCACCGGCACCAAGUGCGGAGAGGAGAUGGUCUGCUACGCCGGGCACUGCCAGAACCUCCUGGUCUAUGGCAACAAGAACUGCUCAGCCAAAUGCAACAACCACGGGGUGUGCAACCACAAGCGGGAAUGUCACUGUGAGCCGGGCUGGGCAGAGCCCUACUGCCAGCAGAUUUCAGAGAUGGCAGCAGGGAGCAGCAGUGUGGUCUUGGCGGCCGUGCUGGCCGUGCUGGCGCUCUCCGGCAUCCUGCUGGGCAGCGGCGUUGUGCUCUUCAGAGGCAGGGGGAUGGAAAGCUUCCAGAAAGG